AUGUCAGGGAAGAAGUCGCCCUCCGUCGGUGUCGGGGACGUCGGAUUGUCCAAGAGGGAGAAAUUGAGAUGGAGAGGAAAAAGAGGAAUGCUUAGCUUGCCUUCCCUCCUCAACACUCCACCAUUAGCUGAGUCGGCGACACCAAGAAGCGGAGAGGAGAAAUCGCCGGUGGCACAAAAGAUGUUUGGCAACAGAUGGACAGAGAUUGCAAAGGUUGUAUCAGGAAGAACAGAUAACGCUGUAAAGAACCGCUUCUCCACCCUCUGCAAGAAAAGGGCAAAAUUUGAGGCUUCAUCCAAGGAGAAUAGUGUUCCAUCUUUGGACCCAAGCAAUAAGAGGGUUCUUGUUGAAGAACCAUCUAUAGCAAUACUAAUAGGGGAACCAUCGACAUCAAAUAAGCAGAUGGGGUAUCACAUCUCUCCUCUCAAAGAGACAAUUGAAGCACAUAGGAGAUCUCUUGGGGAACAUGGUCCAGCUCAACAUCUGCAAAGGCCACCUCUAUUAGAAGUUUAA